UCCAUAGUGUACCUGACUGCAAGCACAAUGACUAUGCUUUGUACCCGUUGUCGGUAGGUCGGUUGAGCGAUGUGAAGCCGCCAGUACAUAGUCCAGUCUGAAUGCCAAUUCUUAUCACAACACAGUUGUGUGCUCGAAGCGCACGAUGGUUGCUGUAGAAUAGUAUUCACGACUUUGCAUAUCGACUGGGUAGAGCAGAAAAAAAGCUACGGUGUUGACUGGAUUUGGAGCUCAUUCGCAACCAGAACGGGAAGUGUGUUAAGUGUUAGGGCUCGACUGUUUCGUAAUCGCGAGUGUGGUGAAAAUGUCCGCAGAGGAGUUAAAACUGGCUGACGAAUUGUUCGAUGAUAUCAAAUAUCAGGAUGCCGUUGAUUUGCUGAACCAACUAAGUGACAAAGAUACCUCAGUGGAAAUUCAGUGGCGGCUGGCACGGGCUAUUUUCUUUAUAUCGAAACAAACUAGCAACGGAGACGAGAAGGAAAAAUUUGUGCGCGAUGCUUUCGAGUAUGCCAAAAAGGCACUGGAGCUGGAUGAAAAAAACUUCGGCGCCAACAAAUGGUACGGUGCAAUCCUUUCGGAUAAAAGUAACCUAGACGGUGUAACGGAACGUAUAAAGCAACUGGAAAACGUGAAAAAACAUUUCACCAUUGCCAAGGACAUCAACCCAAAGGAUCCCGGCACCCUGCACAUGUUGGGUCAAUUCAACUUUAAACUAUCGGAAGUGAAUUGGGUAACCCGUAAGCUGAUCAAUUCCGUUGCACCUAAUCCACCAACGGCAUCUUUUGAAGAGGCCUUGGAAUGCUUCGAGCAAGCGGAAAACUUAAAGCCGGGUUUUUACAGCCAAAACUGGUUAUACUUGGGGAAGACCUUCAUCGCCCUGAAGCAGCACGAUAAAGCCCGCGAGUGGCUCGAGAAGGCGGCCUCCGUUGAGAUUCGUACAGUAGAUGAUCGCAUUUGUCGCGAGGAAGCUAAUCAAGCGUUGAAGCAGCUUUAAUUCCAAUUAUCACCUUUGAUUUAUUUUGGUCAAGUGAUAUUACACGAGCAAAUGCUCGUAUGUGUAUUCCUAGGUUCAAAGAACGACUGCAUUCGGUAGAAUGGCUUUAAGUAUAGUCUAUGGUGAAGUUUGAGCACCGCAUUUACUAGGAAAUUUGGUUGACGAUUAAUUCGUUGUUGAUUGAAGCCAGUGUGACGGUGAUUUUCAUAGUGACGGUGAUAAUAAUAUAUAAGAAUAGAAAAAUGAUUAGAAUUGCAAUGUAAAACCUGGUAGGCAGUGUACAGUAAUAAUUAUUCAGAUAAACGCCUUUGUAUUCCCGUUAAUGCUGAUAGAUGCAUACCUAAGCGCUAAAUACAGGGGAAAUAGAAAUCGAAA